AUGUUUGAACCUGAUAAUAUAGAAAACGGUUCAGUUGUGGAUAUUAUUUUUGAUAUUAAAUCUGGUAGCACAAUUAAUUAUUUGACAGGUGUCAACAUGUUUGAAACUGGUAAUAUAGAAAAUAUCUAUAGAUCUAGUAAUGCAAAUAAUAAUUUUAAUACUAAAUCUAGUAGCGCAAAUAAUUAUUUGAGUGAAUUUGACUUUGAUGUUGAUCAUUUGGUAGGUGUCGAUAUAUUUAGAACUAGUAACACAGAUAGAUCUAGUAAUGUAAAUAAUUUGAUUGGUGUCAAAUUUGAUAAUGCAAAUAAUUCUUUGAAUAAUGAUUUGAAGAAUUUUUUUAAUAUAUUUGGGCCUAGUAAUAUGAAGACUUUUCUUAAUAUGUUUAAGCCAAGUAAUCCUAUAACUUUUUUUAAACAAACAGAAAAUAGAAAAAUAAGAAAACCCCCAAAUUCAUCUUCAAAUAUGACUGAAACUUAUAAAAAUCAAGAUAAUAAAAACAAUUCAGAACUAUGA